UAGUAGAAUUAAGAAUAUCCUACAUUGCGAAAAGCCAGACUCGUCAGUCGUCACUAAAACUUGCUCUACUUUAUAUUUUUUUAAAUGUCGAGAAAAUCUCAGCGUGUUGUACUGAAAAGCCAGGCAAGAGAAAUUAUUUCUAAAGUUUAUGAUUUUAUGAAAAAAGAAGCUAGUAAAAAUUAUGCAGAAAAACUCACUGAUGCUCGAUGGAGAACCGCAGAGGCUAUUGGAGUAUCUGAAAGCACAGUGACUAGAAUUUUGCGCGAAAGAAAACAAUGUAGUAACAAGCAAACUACAGUACCUGCUAAGGAAUCGAAUAUUUCUACGGAGACUGAUGCUAUAGUCCCAAGUGCAGAGUGUACAACAGAGCCGACUAUAGAAGCGGAAAUUGAGUCUGAAGAUGAAAAUGAAUCGAAGACGUCGAAUUUAGUAGGCAGAAAUCCUUCUAUUUUAACAUCACCUAUGAAGAAGAGAAUGACUGCUGUGGAGAGUACAUUAACAAGAUUUAAAAGACCAUGUAAAAACGUACUCCCUGCAGUAGCUUUUGCUACUCAAACUAUUCAAACAAACACCAAUUCUAUUCAGGAAGUAAAUCCAGACCGAAGUAAUAUUAUGCCUAUGAAUUUUGAUGUUAAGGUAAAAGUAGAGAAUGUUGUUAAGAAUGCAAUAGAAAAACAGCAUGAAAUAAUAAGUUGGAGGGAAAUCCUGAAAAAAUCUACUGAAAUUUAUCUUCAAUCAAAUAAUAUUUGUGAUAAAAUACUGCAUAUACAGGUCCUCAACACCUGCAAACCGGACGUUAAAGUAUUACUAAAAACGCCUCACGAGAAACUAUUAGACCGAGCAUUCUCGCGAUGGUGCGAUUGGGCCUCCCUCACAGAGGAACCCAAAGAUCCGCCUUUAUUCUACAAAUGCUACAUCUGCGAUAUGGCGUGGUGGCAUUUGGCCCACUUCCGCGACCACAUACGAACCCACGAACCUUCGAGUCUCCGCGUCGUUCUAGAGAUGAAUGACUUCGUUGAGUGCAAUAUUGUCGCUUACUACACCAAAUCGGCGAACAAGUUCAUCGCAAACAUAGAAGGAAAAUGCUGGAAAUGCGGCGAAAAGGCGUCCGAACAUACGAAUUUGAAGAACUGUGUCGGAUGUAAGAAACGGUUCUACACGUGCAGCAAGCUACGCCAACACCAGUGGUACUGCGAGGAGUUCAAGAAGAUGCAUCUGGACCUUUUCGCGUCAGCUAAGAAUAUAUUCAAAUGUCACCUAUGUCUGUUUUACUUUUUCAAAAAGGAGGACAGUAUAGAACACAUGAUACUGCGGCAUUCUGUGCGGUCUGAUGUGCCCAUACCGGGCUGUUCCGUUUGUGAGAAGUGCAAGGAUCUGAUCUCAUAUGAAGAUGAUCAUGUUUGUGAAUCUAAAGGGUAUGUCAAGACGUGUGAUGCGUGUAAGAAAAGGGUCACCGAAAGCAGUGCUGCAGUCCAUCAGAUCGAAGGGAACUUCACCUGCUCUGUACGCAAAUUGAAAAUAGUAAAUACUUGUUCAAUACAUCUCCACGCACUUAGUCAUACGAUGAACUAUGGAUUGGCGUAUAAGUGCCUCGCCUGUAAAUUUUUUAUAAUCUUUGACUUGGAACAGAUUAAAAACCACAAAAUGUUUUAUCAUUCCAAUUCCGAUUUUGAUUAUGAUCUUAUUUCCGUCCCAAAAACCAUACUAGAUAGAUUAAAAUCUACGCCAGACAAACAUGGUUCACCGGUUGAUAGUCAAAUAAAUACUUUCCUAUUGUCUCAUGACCCUCAAGAUCCGGUGAAUGAUAGAAAUGAUGAUGAUGUCAUCAUUACUGAUAAUGUCCCUAAAGUUAUUGUUAUACCAUCUGAUGACGCACCUAACGAUGAUCUCCCUUGUGUCAUUGCUAAUAUUAAAUCCGAACCACUUGAAAAUGAAAUACAAACAUCUGAAACAAAACAUAAUGUUACACUACAAAAUGAUUUCAAAUGUAAAACGAUGGUAAUCGAAAUACCUAAAGACACAAAAGACGUAUUUAAACGCCUUUCAGGUGAAAACAGAAUUAAUGAUGAUAAAGCAUUAGGUAUUAAUGAAAUUAAAAGAACAUAUAAUGUAAAUACCGUUGAUCAUAUAAAAAAGUUGAAACCUAGAACUAAACAGACUCUGCCAACCGACGUGUCACGGAAUUUAGAAUCAGAUGUGAAAAUCGAAGUUAUAAAUAGUGUAGACGUGGUGGAGGAAGAGAAACUAAUGACAGUCGGCCUAAGUGGUACACAAUUGAAUAAAGAGAAACGAGAAAAAGCUAGACCGGUAGAUACAUUUAAAAAUUUAGAACAAAUUACUCCAAAAGAGUCGGAAGUAUCAGGACGGAUAAAGGUAGAAAAAUUUGAAGAAACUGUUGACGAAAUCGAUAUCUCAUGGCACACUGUUCCAAUAAAGAAAGAAGCUGAUCCGGAAAUGGAUUUCAAAUUAUCGAACAUCAGAAGUUUAAGUAAUGUCGGUGAAAACGAAAUUGAUGUUAAGCAGGAAAUUAAUGAAUUCGAUCUAAAGGGACAAAGCAAGUAUUGGUUCAGCUUUGCGAAUAAUUCGCAUUUGAUCACCAUCUCACCGAAUGUAACUUUAAAUACCGAUGAUGAAAGGAACCGAUCACACAGGAAGAUGGGAAAGUUGAAUAAAGCGCCAAAAACUUCUGCAGAACGUGGUCGAGAAUUCAGAGCACGAAAAGCACUGCUUAAACAACUACGUAAGCAACAACAGGAACCAGGUCCAUUAGAAAAAAAACAAGUUCCCUCUGAAAUAACGAUAAUAGAAAAAAGAGCAAAGUCUGCAGAGGCAACACGGCGUUGGAGAGAGAAAAAAAGAGGCGUUAGUGAGUCAUCAAAAAAACAGGCGAAAACUGCAGCUGAACGCAUGCGAGAAUACCGAAAGAGAAAAAAAAUUUAAAUAUUAAUUUAAAUAUAAUACUUAUGUCAUUGAAGGCUCGUAGAAGUCUUAUUUAUAUUUUCUUACUUAGAGCAAAGAAAAUACUGUUGGAGCAGCAAAGCGGUCAAGAUUUAUAUGCUAUUGUAAUUUAUUAUUUUUUACCUAAAAAAAUAAUAAAUUUAAAUAUUUGUAGAAAAUUAAUCUAUGUAUAUGUACCUAUUGUACACACACACACACAUAUACAUACAGAUGGAGCUAAAGAAGUUUUACUUUAGUCGUGUGGUCAUAAGCAAACGCGUUUUUUUUCUCUUCACUCCUGCCACAAUCUGCAAGAAGCAUAUAACAUUCUAUCAAGCGCUAAUGAUUACGGAGAUUUGGAUUGUUUGUACUGGUCACGGCUGUAAAGCACGCAAAUGCGGAUAAAUUUAAAAUUAUGUUUAAAUAAUUAUAAGUUUACAUAACUUCAAUCCGUUAAAAAAGUGUUUUUCUUUAAAUGUGUAA